AUGGUUGCCAUUCCUACGUACAUGUUGGCUUCGACGGCCGCGACUUCGCUGGGCCCGCUAUGGCCUCGAAACGCGGUGAUAAGGUCACCUCGACCCGACCCGGUCCCUCAGACGACAUCAACCACAGUCAGCUCCAGUCCGGACUCCAACCCUUUCGCCUCGAUAAUCGGACCACAUAUUUCAUCCAACUUUCCCGACCCGGCCAUCAUCUACGUGGACGGCACAUCCUAUGCUUUUGCGACCAACAAUCGGCAACCCGCGCCGAACCACAUCAACAUCCAGGUCGCCACUUCCACGGACAACCAAACGUGGACAUUGGUCGACCAACAUGAUGCUCUUCCCAAUCUUGGCGCCUGGGAGACCGGCGCCGGCGUCUGGGCUCCGGACGUCGUUCAAUUAGACGACGGCACAUUCGUUCUUUACUACGCCGACAACGUCGUCUCGGCACCAGCGCACCACUGCGUCGGAGCAGCGACAUCGCGGACAAUCCUAGGCCCUUACACGCCGCAAGCCACGCCGUUCGCGUGUCCGGACGUCAACGCGCUGGGUGGCGCCAUCGACCCGGACGGCUUCCUCGACGAAUCCACCGGCAAGCGCUACGUCGUGUACAAGGUCGACGGCAACUCGAUCGGCCACGGCGGCUCGUGCGGCAACACGGUCGCGCCCAUCGUCCCCACGCCGCUCAUGCUGCAGGAAGUGGACCACGACGGGGUCACGCCUAUUGGAGAUGCGGUGCAAAUCCUCGACCGCGACGACCUUGACGGGCCCUUGAUUGAAGCCCCGGCCCUGCACCGCUCCGCCGAGGGCGUCUACUUCCUCUUCUUCAGCAGCAACUGUUUCACCACACCCCAGUACGACGUCUCGUACGCCACGGCGACGAACAUCUACGGCCCGUACACCAAGUCGGCCCGCCCGCUGCUCGUCACCAGCGACGCCGACCUCACGGGCCCGGGCGGCAUGGACAUCAUCAAGGGAGGCGACUUCAUCGUCUUCCACGGCCACAUGACGAUCAACAACGAUCCCAUCCUCAUGAAGGAGGCCGAGACGAUGGCGGCGGCGGACAACACCACCAUCGCGAAUGUCAACGUGCCGCUCGUGCGGGGGAUGUGGUCUGGCCGGACGACUUUCCAGGGCACAAACAUCUUGUUGUCGUGA